CUUAUUGCAGUCAAUAGCAAAAAAAAAAAAACUACAAUACAGAAAGAAAGAUGUCAAGUCCGAUCCGUCGCACUGAGUCGCCAAUACUUGAUGAGCAUGCCAAAAGAAAGCGAGAUGAAGUCGAGGCUCUUGAGAAGCAAACCAGUAUUGUCCCAUCUGAACAAGCUGGAACAGACCCGGAAGCAGCUCCACCAAAGAAAAUUAAGCCGGAAAUAGAGUCCAGUACUUCUGUAUCUAAAGCAGAGGUCAAGCAGAUCCAGCGCAACCUCAAAACCAUGCCUUUGGAGGACAGUAAAAGCUCUGAGAACGCCGAAAUUCAAAGCAAAGACAUGGAUGACGUAGAAAGUGAUCCAGGAAGUAAUGAAGAGAACAUUCCGGACAAAGUGAUGGAAGAAAGUGCGACUCCACUUCAGACGACAACGGAUAAUCCUCAAGAUCCCGAAUCGACACCCUCUUCAGAUAUUGGCGACCAAGAGACUGAGUCUGCAAAUACAACAAUUCAUUCUGUCAUUAUUGCAGAUGACAAAAACGGCACAGAGCUGAAGAAGACCACCACUGAACCACCAUCAAAAUCAGCAUCAAGCCCUGGCUCCAAACUUGGCGCUGGAUUCAACAAUACAUCCAUAGUCAGUCCCUUUGCUAAUGUCAAAUCUAGCGAGAAUGUCUUUGGCAGCUCAAGCUCAACCCUCAAGGGAUUCAGCGCCACAUCCACUUCCAGUCCUUUUGCAGCGACUGAAAAUACCAACGUUUUUGGCGGUAAAUCUUCGCCGCUUUCGGCCGGAUUUAGGAAUACAUCUUCAGUGAGUCCAUUUGCGCCAACUACAUCAACUAAUGUAUUUGGAGGUGAUUCAUCGAAAAGCGUAUUUGGCCAAUCUACUACAUCAACUAUCUCAAGUUUUGGUGUUAACGCAGGUUCUUCAGCUGAUUCGACUGCUGGCAGCGUAUUUGGGGCCAAAUCGAUUGUCGGGUCAGCUGCGAGCACUAACUCACCUCACAAGUCAUCGGGCUUCCCCGCCACAUUGCGAUCUACGUCGUCUGAAACUUUCAGUACAUUUGGAGCCAAAAACACAUUUGGAAAAGAAGCAAGCUUCACAUCAGGCUCAUUUAUUGAUCAGGACAGUAGCCACGAAAAGGCUGAUUUUGGCUCACUUCUUUCACAGGACACCGGUGACCAUGACGGAGAUGGAGACCAAUACGAGGGCGAAGAAAGCUUUAGUACUGGAGUUUUUAGCCAAGCAGAUCAGAUUGAUGUUCAAACCGGAGAGGAGGAUGAAAUCAAUAUUUAUCAAACCAAAGGCAAGCUAUAUGCAGACUCUGACAAGACACAUACAUGGAAAGAGCGAGGCAAAGGGACAUUCAAGGUCAACGUUGGCCAGCAUGAUACCAAGGUAGCGCGCCUUGUGAUGAGAGCCGAUGGUGUCUUACGUCUUAUUUUGAAUGUUGCGAUUUUCCCAGAUAUGAACGUGGUAAUCACAGGCGAAAAAUAUAUACGGUUCAUUGGUAUUGAGGAUGGCAAGCCUAUCUCAUUCCUGCUUAAGGUUAAAGAUGCUGUAGUGGCUUCAGAGGUUGUCGAUGCCAUAAACCAUGCGUCUGAACGACAAGCAAGGAAAAACCACGCUGCAUAGAAGGAAUUACGAAAAACACA